UCUCUCUCUUCCAUCUCUCUCUUCUCUCUCACUGAGCCUCUGAAGAGAGUAGUGAUUUUCACCAAAAGCCUUAUAAUCCCACUUUUUUUCAUCUUUUUCCCUCUUGAAACCGAACGAUUGUAAUAAGUGCUCUUUUAAUUUUUGAUUUAAUUUUUGGUGGUUUUCAAAAUUGCUCCUUUAUCAAUGGCAGAUUUUGAAUGGAAUGACCCACUUCUUAUAACCGACGUUUCUUCCCUUCAACAUCCUGAUCAAAGUCAAACUCACUGCGAAUCGCCGAUUUCGAUGAUGGAGAUCGCGGAUGGAUCUAGCCAGGCCAAGUUUGACGGCAAUUCAGCAUUGGGGUUUUCAUUGGCGUCGCCUGAUUUAGUAUGCGUAGGAUCGCCUGAUUUCACUAACCAAAGAUAUGAGGAAUCGCCUGAGUGUUUGUUGGGUGAAAGAGUUGAUGUCUCUUUAGAAAAUGGGAUUAAGGGUUCUGAAAUGAGGGAUUCCUUUGAGGGCACAGCUGCAAAGAUGGAUGAUUUGUUAGCUGAGGCUUCUUUCGAGCUCGCCACAGCUCCAUUAGUCGAAGAGGGUUUGUCGAAUAAUGAGGGAUCUACAAGGAGUGAAGGUCUCGAUGGGGUUGAACUAUCUGGAGAAGUCGAGUUUCAGUGCUUGCCUCCUAGCAAAUCGCUUAAUGAGGGAGAGAAUUGUUCUACUGAGGGAGAAAUUGUUGGGCUUCAAGUAGAACAUGAAGGUCUCGAUGGGGUUGAACUAUCUGGAGAAGUCGAGUUUCAGUGCUUGUCUCCUCGAAAAUCGCAUAAUGAGGAAGCAAAUUGCUCCACUGAGGGAGAAAUUCUUGGGCUUGGAGGGGAACAUGAAUUACAGAAGGAGCUCUCGGACACUAAGAAGGUUUUGGAGGAGCUGAAGAGGGAAUACAAUCUCAAGAGUAGAGAAUGCCAAGAAGCUUGGAAUUCUUUAAAAGAACUUCAAAAUGAGCUUAUGCGAAAAUCAAUGCAUGUUGGAUCAUUGGCUUUUGCAAUUGAGGGCCAAGUCAAAGAAAAAGGCAAAUGGUUUUCAUCAUUACGAGAUUUGACAAGAAAAUUGAAGAUUCUGAAGAUGGAGCAUAUCACGCUUUCAGAAGAGGCGGCUCUCUUCAAGCAGUACGUUGUGGAGAUGGAGGGCGUCAAAUCCACUCUGCUAUCUACAUUGAGUACGCAAGUACAACUAAACGAAGAUAUUAAAACUAAGUUCCUCAAAGAGGCCAAGGAAAGGAAAGAACUCUACAACAAAGUGUUGUCACUGAAAGGAAACAUUAGAGUAUUUUGCCGCUGUCGUCCUAUGAACUCCAACGAGAUUGAUGGAGGAGCUUCAGUGGCAGUCGACUUUGAGGCUGCAAGGGAUGGGGAAAUAACUGUUAAAUCAAACGGGGUAUCUAAAAAGACCUUUAAGUUCGAUGCUGUCUUCAGUCCAGAAGCUGAACAAACUCAUGUUUUUGAGGAGACAGCCCCUCUAGCAACUUCAGUUCUCGAUGGAUAUAAUGUUUGUAUAUUUGCUUAUGGACAAACCGGAACUGGCAAGACUUUUACUAUGGAGGGAACAAAUGAAGCCCGAGGAGUUAACUUCAGAACUCUUGAGGAGCUAUUUCACAUCAUGGAGGAACGAAAGAGCACAUUCCGAUAUGAAGUAUCAGUGAGUGUGUUGGAGGUUUAUAAUGAGCAGAUAAGGGAUUUGCUAGUUUCGGAUUCACAGGCUGCAGCAAGUUCAAAGAGGCUUGAGAUAAAACAAGUAGGCGAGGGAGGACAUCAUGUUCCGGGAUUAGUUGAGGCACGAGUGAAAAAUGUGAGUGAGGUCUGGGAUGUCCUUCGGACUGGCAGUAAUGGGAGGGCAGUUGGAUCAACCAAUGCAAAUGAACACAGCAGCCGAUCACACUGCAUGCACUGUGUGAUGGUGAAGGGCGAGAACAUACUAAACGGAGAAUGCACAAGAAGCAAGCUUUGGCUGGUUGACUUAGCGGGGAGCGAGAGAAUAGCCAAGACAGAAGUUCAGGGAGAAAGACUGAAAGAAACUCAAAACAUUAAUAGAUCACUUUCUGCACUCGGAGACGUGAUAUCUUCUCUUGCAACUAGAAGUCCUCACAUCCCAUUUAGGAAUUCCAAACUCACCCACUUGCUUCAAGACUCUUUAGGAGGGGACUCCAAAACCUUGAUGUUUGUGCAGAUCAGUCCCAACGAAAACGACCUGACUGAGACCCUUUGCUCUCUAAAUUUUGCUAGUAGAGUUCGUGGAAUCGAGUUAGGUCCUGCAAAGAAGCAAAUGGACAACAAGACUGAGCUAUUCAAAUACAAACAAAUGGCUGAGAAACUCAAACUAGACAUGAAAGCAAAGGAUUUGCAAGUUCGGAAAUUGGAGGACACCAACUAUGGUCUCGAGGUAAAGAUAAAAGAGAGAGAUAUGAAAACCCGAAACCUUCAAGAAAAGAUCAAAGAAUUGGAAUCACAAUUGAUGGUGGAGAGGAAGUUAGCCAGGCAGCAUGUGGACUCCAAAAUUGCUGAGCAGCUGCAGCGACAAGAAAUGAAACAACAGCACGAGGAACACCGGUCUGAACUAGGGAAAUUUCAUCCUCUUACAACUAUAGUGCAGGGAGCCAAAUCUCAAGCAGAAAGCAAAGAUCAAACAAAUGUUUCUCUGUCUGCUGAAGACGAUGAUGACUUCUCAUUCUAUCCCAUUCCCAUGGAUGGAACUGCCAGGAACGAAGUAAUGGAUAAAGAAAACAUCCCUGAGAUGGCUCAUCAACUACGCCCUCAAAAGCAGACGGGCAGAGCGUCUGCCUGUCCAACUGUUCAGAAGGUUUAUGCCACACCAAGUCUCCGCCGCUACUCUCUCAUUCCUCAGCCAACUUUACCAGGAACACCUAAGCCACCACCUACCUCGUUUCUGCCACUAACUCCGGUUCAGGUCAACAAGGCCGAAUAUGGGGCUGAGCUCGCUGGCUUUCCAGAGCAAAUACCUUGUGAAAGUCCAAAAGAUCAAAGAAACAGAAUAAAAAAACUGAAUAGUGCACUAAGGAAAAGCCUCCAUAAGAAAAUCAACACGAAGGGUCCAAUGCAGCCGCCCCUGCGUAGGAUUGGUGUUAAUGUUGGUAUGGAGAAGGUCAGAGUCUCGAUCGGGGGGCGAGGGAAAAUGGGCCAACGGGUGCUUCUUGGGAAUGCUAGAAGAGCAGUAAAGGAUGUUCAGCAGAAGCAAAGCCACAGAGAAAAAGAAAGAGGAUGGAACAUUGGAACAACCUCAGCUAGGACUCUUCUUUAGUGGUUUGAGGUCUUCUUGUUUUAUCAAGUUAAUGCAUAGGGAUUUCUCUUUUUUUCAGUUUCUUUUUUUGAUUGAUGAUGCUUAUCAUCUCAUGGCAUUGUGUAUUUGUUUGAUGAGAUUUGGUUUGCUAGUGUACAUAAACAAAUGAAACUGGAUUGAAUCUUUUUUUUUAUCAA